AUGACGCAGCGACGGAGCGGUGACGAUGGGUCCGGGAGCGUGCCGCGCAUCGCCGAUCCCAACUUACCCGUCGGUGCGUCGCCGGGCGCGCGAGCGCCGUACAGGGUUGACCUGGACGAGCCAGAGGGCGCGGAGGGGACGAACAACACGGCGGGCGGAAGCACGUCCGGGGAAGACACGACGAAUAAACCGGGAACCGAUCGGUUCAUUCAGUACUCGCAGAGACAUUUAGUGAGUGAAUUACUGUUCUGCUGCUCGACGGGUAACCUGAAGCGGCUGAAGCGGGUGCUUGAGCGAGCGAACAGAACUAUCACGAGCGAGCCAUUCGCCGACUACGAUAACCGCACGCCGCUGCACGUCGCCGCGAGCGAGGGCUCUUUCGCGGUGGCGGAUUGGUUGGUGAAGAGUGGUGUGUCGUUGAAUAUGAUCGAUCGAUGGGGAUCGACGCCGUUGGAGAGCGCUGUGUACGGGAACCACAGCGAUUUGGUUAAGAUGCUCGUGAAGAACGGGGCGAAGAUCAAGGACAGGGUCAGCGGAACGUUGCUGCCCCUGGAGGAGUCGCACUUGGCGGGCGCUGCGCACACGAGCUUGCCUGCGGACACGAUGGCGUGGGAGAUUCCGGAUGGGGAGUUCAGUAACGUCGAAGAGAUUGGUGCCGGCGCCUUUGGCGUCGUUUACACCGGCAUGUGGCGCGGUACCAAGGUUUGCUUGAAGCAACUUCACAAGCACCUCAACGCGGACGAAGUUGCUCAGGCGGAAUUUCGUCUCGAACUGAAAAUCAUGCAGCAGCUCCAUCACCCUCACAUCGUGCAAUUUCUGGGAACGACGACCUCGACUGAGGGUCUGACUUCCAUUGUCAGCGAGUUCAUGGGUGGCGGGAGUUUAGAACAAGUAUUCAGGAACGAAGAGCUCUUGUCUCUCAAGUUGGCCACGCAAAUGGCGCUCGACUGCGCGCGCGGGAUGGCGUAUCUUCACGGUCGUUCGCCGCUUCCGGUGAUUCACCGCGACUUGAAGCCGGGUAACCUGAUGUUGACGACGAAUCGAACGCUCAAGAUUGGUGAUUUUGGUCUCUCCAAGACGCUCUCCGUGCGCAACAAGCUUCCGCAAGAAAUGUCCCAGGCGUUCAACAUGACGGGCGAGACGGGAUCGUAUCGUUACAUGGCUCCCGAGGUCUUUAGACACGAGUUUUACGGUCCAGCCGUCGACGUGUACGCGGCGUCGAUGAUUUACUACCAGCUCUUCAGUUUCCAGCAGCCAUUCAGCGGAAGAAACCCCGUGGACGCGUGCCGAGCGGCGAGUCUGGAGAACUUACGCCCGGUGAUUCGCGAGGGUUACAUGCCCCCCGAUCUCGCCGCCCUGGUCACGCGCAUGUGGGAUCCGAUCGUGAAGAAGCGUCCCGAUUUCACCGAGAUCAUCCAAAUCUUGACCCCGGUCGCCGCCAGGUACGCGGCGCAGCCCGAUGCUUCCGCCGCCGGUCCCGCGUGCUGCGUCGUCCAAUAA